AUGCCAUUGACAUCAUCACAAGGAUGUGAAACAACAUAUGUUCAGUGGGUUCAAACUCAUAGUAGUACCGACCCAAAUUCAGGUGUUGCCUAUAUAGUGUCCGAUAGUCUUCAACCGUCAACAUCUACCAAACAUUUUGAAUGUCAACCAGGUGCACAAGGCCGUUUUUCUGAUCCGAAUAUUUGUAAUGUUUUUCAUGUGUGUAUCCAACGAAAUUCACAAACUGUCGAUCAACCGUUCAUGUGUCCUUAUCCAACAAUAUUUAAAACCAUCUCAUCAGAUAAAAUGUAUUGUGCACGACCAGAACCCUACGACUGUAAGGGGAAAGCUUUUUAUCGUGGAAUAGAACCAAAUGAUGUAAUGGGUAAACCUCUCGUGGAUGAUUCGAUAUCAUACCGUUUACCAGAGAAUACGUUGAUCAUUGAGAAUUGCACAAAGAAUGGUUUAUAUGCGGAUAAUUUCUAUUGUAACGGAUAUCACAAAUGUAUUAAUGGACAAGAUCAACAGUAUCUAUGUGAAAAUCAGUUACUAUUUAAUCCAAUAUCAAAUGUUUGUGAUUAUCCAAUUAAUGUUGACUGUGGAGGCAAAUCUUUAUUACGCCGUCCGUUAGGUUUUUCAAAUGGUACAUUGGUAAAUUCCUCGUACAUCAUGGUAUUUGGUAGUGAACUGCGUCCAGAAUGUCCUGAUCGAACUCAGAAUGUUCUCGUAUCUGAUGUCAAUUAUUGUAAUGUAUUCUAUCAUUGUCAAGGCGGUCAAGGCUCAGUGUAUAUGUGUAAAGAUGGUCAUGCAUUCGACAUUCACAAUGAACAAUCCCAGGGACAAGGAAUUGGCUCAUGUCGUCUGGAAGAAACGGUUGAUUGUGAAAAUCGUCUUAUUCUAACAUCAAAUGGAAAACAUGAACCAAAACAAACCAUCAUCAGUAAAAAUCAACUCAACUUAAUGUCAUUAAUGAAUAAUGAUGGUAGUAGUGGUUCAAACAACCAAUUGUCAAAAUCAUCAAAAACACUUCGUUCAAAAUAUUCAAAUUUUAUUCUGUUACCACCAACGUUGAACCAAAAAGUUGUAGUAAAUGUUCAAUUUGACUGUAAGGGACGAAUUGAUGGCCACUGGAGAGAUACACGAUAUUGUGAUGUAUUUCAUGCAUGUAUUGCUGGAGAACAAAGACGUUCUUAUGGAUGUAAUCAAGUUGCAGAACGCUUUUUCUUUGACGAUGUUACACAAAGAUGUGAAUUUACCUCUCAAAAUCCUAAUGGUUGCCAAGCAAAUCAGUAUUAUACCGCAAUUGAAGAGCCCCCAUCUCUACCCGGUUCUUCUCUAAGUACUGCAGCACCUACAGAACCAUGGAAAAUAUUCAUACAAUCACGAGAACAAUUUACCUGUGCUGGAAAACAAGACGGAUUUUAUGCUAGUCGUUGGUGUAAUACUUUUUACCGAUGCUACACUGGUAUAGCCAGUGCCUUCUUGUGCCCAAAAAUGCCGAGUGGUGCUCGCUUAUGGUGGGUUCAACAUGGAAGUCCUCAAGGUGUUCCACAAGAAACGGCUUCGUGUACAUGGCCAUGUGAAACGGGCAGAAGAUGUACAAGUUCUGGUGGAAUUAUUAUAGAUAACGGGAAUUCCAUCAGUGAAGGUCAACAAGAAGCCGAUUCCGUAUUCCAAUCGUCGUUGUGUACAACGCCUGGCUCAUCAUCAGGAAUAACCGGGGUAGGUGCAACACAACCACCAUUCAAUUCGGGAUCUGGAUCUGUCGGCAUGGGAGCUGGAACUGGAGGUCAUAUAUUGGGCACGGGAUCUUCUGCAACAAAUUCAGGAUCUGGCAAUGGUUACCAGACAGGAGUUGGUGGCACCGGUUCAAUACCUGGUUCAGGAAAUUUUGGCACAGGCCCACAGUCAUCAGGAUCGACCGGUCCAGGUGCAGGAGGUUUUAAACUGGAAAUUUUGCUGAAUGUUACUCACUUAUUUUUAGUAACAUUUACUGUUGACAGUAAUAUCUCAUGUAUUGGUCAAGCGGAUGGUGCAUUUUUGUCCAGCCGUUAUUGUAAUAUAUUUCAUCGUUGCGUUAGCGGCACUCGCCGAGAUUUUCGAUGUCCACGAGCGACCAAUACUCCCUACGAUUUAUGGUGGAAUCAACAAACACAGCUUUGUGAUUGGCCGUGUCGAAUACAAUGCCAAGGUCAGAUAUACGGCACACAAGGAGCGAGUGCCCAACAAAUUCGCCAAGACGACUCAAUUUUAAAUCGAAAUGAAUGUAAUGGAUAUCAAGUACAAGCAGCUACUCCAUCAGUUUCAGCUUCGGCAGCCUCUUCAUCAAAUCUUAAUCAAAUCCUCGGUGGACAAGCAAUGGUUUAUUCAGCACCAGUUCAAACUUCAAGACUAAUUGAAAAUCCCGAUUUGAAUUUUGUAUGUAACCAACCGGGAAAAUAUGCAUCGCGAAGAUUCUGUAAUGUUUAUCAUGAAUGUGUUGAUAGUGGUGUACCACCAAGUCAAUCAUAUGAAUGUUUAAACUCAUUUUUUGAUCGUAGUCAGGGUAUUUGUACAACGAAAGAUCAAGUACCAUGCAUGGGUGGCAUUUUUCCAUAUGAUUCAAUCCCCGUCGAUAAAAAUCCAGACGCAAUUACUUGUUCGACUCAAAGUGGCUUCUAUAUUCACAGUUCAAGACAAUUUUGCAAUAUCUACUAUAUUUGUGAUGGUAUUAUUGCUGCACCCACUACAUUUCGAUGUUAUGAUCGUCAAACUGGACAAGAAGGUAUAUUUGAUCCAUUUGCUGAACGAUGUGAUUCACGAAAAAAUUCGAACUGUCAAAAUUCUAUACUAAAUUUUGGUGAACAACAACAAUAUAAAUCGAUUCCAGUUGACUAUCAACGAAUAGAAAAUAUUCAACCAUUGUCGUGUAAAUCAGAUCAACAAUAUCUUAUUGAACAUGAACAAUAUUGUAAUCUAUAUCAUUCAUGUAAACAAGGUGAUUAUCGUAUUUAUGCAUGUAUAUCAACAUCAUCGGAUCCAUCUCAAGAUCAAACGUCCUAUUUCUAUCAAUCGAAUGGUCAAUGUGCAGGACCUGUCCCUGCUAUAUGUCCAAAAACAAAAUCUGUUUAUGCUUAUUCUCGUCUUCUACCCACAACAGAAUCUCAACCUCUUCUCAUGUUAAACGAUCAACAACAUAACUAUGGAUCAAUUCCCAUUCAAGAACGAGUUAAACCACAACCAGUUUGCAAGUUAAACGACAAUUAUAUUAUUGGACAUGAACUCUACUGUAAUUUGUUCUAUGGGUGUAAAGAUGGGGAAUUAAUAUUAUAUGCUUGUAUCGAUAGAUUAACAGGUACUUAUGGUGGCAUAUUUCAAUCAUCUACUGGUAAUUGUAUUAUUCCCAGUCAACAAGAGUGUCCAACAAAUGAAUACUUUCAGCCAAUUGUAUCCGCCGAAUCUCAACUUUCACCGAACGAAAAUAAUAUUGUUACAACUUUGACUACCCAUCGUCCUAGUAGCGUGGCAUUUAUGUCAUAUACAAUGCUAGAACAAAAUAAUCUUACAUCGCGUCUAAAUUCUUCGAUAUUUUAUGGUGUUCAAUCAUUAUUUUCAUGUAAAAAUCGUCAAGAUGGAUAUUAUGAAUCGGAAUGGUGUAAUGUAUUUUAUCGAUGUUUUAAUGGUAAACGAAUGGAUGAACGAUGUCCACCAGGACAACCGAAUCUUCAACAGGGUCAACCACAAUAUGAUUUAUGGUGGACACAUCAAAAUCAAGAAUAUAAUCAUACUCAUCCACAUUAUUUCGGUGGAAAAGAUUAUAUGAGUAGAUGUGAAUGGCCAUGUAAAAUACAAUGUAAGAAGCCGAUAUGGGUAUCGAAAGAUCAACAACAUCCUGUUGAUGCUGAUAUUGUCAAACGUCAAGAUCAGCAAUUGAGACCGGAUUGUUCAACAUAUAAUAGUCGAAAAAUGAGUGAGGGCAUGAUCAUGUAUUCGGACAUUCCAAAUCCGACAAAUUUUUCUACCUGUCCACUAAGUGAUUACCGUCAACGUGUAGCAGAUUCAAAAUAUUGUAAUGUAUUUCAUGAGUGUACAAAUGGUAAAGUAACCGGAUCAUUCUUGUGUAUCGAAUCACAAUUUGAUCAAAAUGAAAAAGAUUGUGUUUCAUUCACCAAUUAUUGUCAAGCAGAAAAACGAUAUUCAUACUCAAGAAAUCGUCUAGCAGCACAACAAGGAGCGUAUUAUGAAGCAAUUGAAGUUCGAAGUGUUAAUCCAAGUGGUUAUGAAUGCAUAACAGAUGGUAUACAUACCGAUCCAAUGUUCUGUAAUCUAUUUCAUGCUUGCUCUGGUCGUACACGUCGUACAUUUCAAUGUCGACAGACUGGUACAGAUGGUAUUAAUGAUGGUGUAUCUACAUUCGAUUUAUCAACAAAAAGUUGUGCAAAAUUCUCUACUCAAUCGUGUCAAACCAUCUUAUACAAUCAAGAAUUUGUCAUUAUUCCUGUCAUGUUUAAACCACCGAGUGUCUCUCCAUGUGGAAAAGAAGGUUUCUUCCCCGUCGUGGAUAACAUGUUAGCAUCACAAUAUUGUAAUAUGUUUGCAUGGUGUCCCAAAGGACAUGGCGAGGCUAAAGUAUUUGAAUGUGUACCGUCGUUACCAGGUGCUCACGCGGGUGCAUUUGAUUUAUCACGUCGUUCUUGUAGUUCAAAAGCCACUUGUCCGAAAGCACGUUUAUCUUCACCUCAUAAUACAUCGUUGUUGGCCCUAACCUUACGUCCAAAAGUAGUUACAAUUGGUUCGCGUAAACAAUUUUCAUUAACGAGUACAAUGGUUGAAAAUGGUUACAUUGCACUAGGUACAGAUUUUCAAACAACAUUUUCAUGUCCACCAGGCUACAUGGGUUUCUAUUCGAAUCCGAACUAUUGUGAUGUUUUCCAUUAUUGUUAUGAAACUGGAGAAUUAUCAUCCUUUGUAUGUGCAUCAAUGCCAAACAGAUAUCAAUUAUGGUGGAGUCAUCAAAAUGAAAAUCCAAGAUCAGAUAAUAUUUUCUGCGAUUGGCCGUGUAAUUUACAAGGUGUUUAUGCAUGUCCAUCGUAUAAACAGAUCUUGAUGCGUGAUCGUCAACCUGUUGGUAGUGUGAGCCAACGUGAAGUAGUUGAAGCAACAUGUUCAUCAGCUCAAGUACCUGUCACACAAGAAACGCCAAUUUAUACUAUUUAUCCACCAUUUAAUGGUAAUGCACAACAAGCGCAGGGUCAAAAUGGUCAAAUAGUUGGGCAAGACGGUCUAACAACAUUCUAUCAACCAUCACCACCAGGUAUGAGUUCUGGUCAGUUAGGUUAUCAACCGUGUUCUCCAUCGAAUGAAUGGUACGUUAGUCAAACAACGAUUCGCUGUAGUUCAGCAUUUGCUGCUACUGGUUAUGCUCCAGAUCCAAAAGAUUGUUCAAAAUAUUAUCAAUGUGAUCAAUCAGUUGGCCAAGAUGGAAUGUCAACAGGUGUAUUAAUGCAAUGUAUCGCUGGUCUUUGGUGGGAUCAACAACGUCGAAGUUGUGUAUUACCAUCUGAAGUUGCUUGUAAUCCAUUUAAUAUUAUUAAUUCACAAGGACAAGCAACUGAUGUUGGCGGUUAUCCACCACAGCCACAACAGCAGCCAUCUGUUUAUCCAACUGUUGGUAUUACAACACCAUUUGUCUAUCAACCACAAACACCGGUUCAAGUACAAGGAGCACAAAGCGCUCCUUGUCGCGGUGCACCAUUGUGUAUUGAUGUUGGGCUAAAUAUUCUUCAACAAAUGAAAGCAAUACCAGGCAGACCAGGAUGGUUUUAUAAAUGUGACAGCCAAUGUGCAUUAGAAAUGCGUUGUCCACCGGGUCUUAUUUUCGAUGAUUUAUACCAACGCUGUGAAUGGCCAUCAUCUCAACAACAGCAAAAUGUAUUGGGUAGUUUAAGAGAUAAAAAGGACAUAAAUGAAAAAAUUCCGCAUGUACAAUCAGUAGAUAAAUUAUUACACUCAAAACUUCAUUCAACAUCGACAAUAAAAUCGAAGCAACGAAACGAUAAAGCAACAAAACGAUUGAUACACAGUGAAAAUAAUUUAUCCACAAUUCCACCAUCACCAACUACUACCAUCACCACCAUUGCUACAUCUUCUAAAACAGCUAAAUCUAAAAGUAAAAUUAUGGAACCAUAG